AUGAACUACCCCAUCAAUCUUCAAACCCUCAAAUCACAAUUAGAUUUUUUUGAAAAAACCCUAACUAAUAAACAAAAAGUAGCCAAUCAAGCCUACUUUCAGCAAUUAAUUAAGGUUGAACUCAACAAACUUCUUAAAUCUUUACCCAAAGGAGUAGAUAAAUCAGAGAUUUUACCUUUUUUAGAAGAGAAUUUAAAAGGUGAAAAAAACAAAGUAAUUAUUAUUGCGACUGUCAAAGAACUUUUAGAUGGGGAAGCCAAAACCAUCACUUCUAACUUAAUCGAACAAAAAUUUGGUGGCCCAGAAAAAUUUCAGGAUGGUGUUUAUAACGCUAAAUCAGAAGUAAAAAGCACGGUUUUAUUAGAAUUGAAACCAGGAGGAGUUCUUUUGGAAGAAUUGCACGAUAUUUUUGGACCUGAUAAAUUUUAUCCUAAUGAAGGUGGCGAAAAUGUUCCUAAAGGACGAGAAGGAAAACACUUAAUCCCAGCUGAUAAAGAAACUUUAUGGAGAGAUAAAUUUGGUUCCAAUGUGGAAGGAGCCGAAGAACUUUAUGAGGAUGCCAAAACUAAAGGUCAAUCUUACGAAAAAACCACUAAAAAUAUCAACCCGCUCAAACAUUUAGCCGAAGAAGUCGACCAAGCCCAUGAUUUUAUCGUUAAAGAUAUUGACCUUCAAACCGAUUUAAACAAAUUUCCCACUAAUGAAACCAUUGAAGGGGCUUAUAACGAGAAAAAAGUCCCCGACACCAUUAACCACGAGGAGGUUCAAAAAUUAAGGGAUAAUCGCAUUAAUGAAAUAAAAGACAGCAAAACUAACUAUCAAGGCAUUUCGGGAAUUGAAGUCUUGAAGGUUAACAAGAAGGAUAUUGAUACAGAAAUUGCUAAAGUCGACAGUCUAGUUAAGCAAAUAAAUUCUUAUCAAUUUUUACGAGAUUUAGAUGCUAAUAAAAAGGUCAUUGACGAGCAAUUUAAAAACUUGAAACUUGAUUUGUUACCCCUCAAUAAGGCUAACGAGAUAACUAAAGCUGAAAGUAGACAAAGAGAAGUAUUAAAUUAUUCUUUGGUUGAUCCGAAGGAUGGGGGAUUGGAAGAAGCAAAUUUGAAAAGAUUAACUAACACUUUAGAAGAUGAUUGA